ACGGGCAAAGCAUUCCGAGAAAAACACGUCGGAUGAUCGCGUAGGCGUAUCAAAUACACCCCUUUGUCGCUUUUUUGUGGACAUCGUGGAAAAAAAUAACAAAUGAUAACUUCGAUCAUCUGCCUGCUUUUAACGGCGUUGUCUGUCAUAAUUCGUGAUUUUGGUCUGGGGAAAGGAGCAAGAAAUUACGUGGCAAAUCAGAGGUAGACUUUGAUGGAGUUGUGGGCACUUUUAAACGCACACUUUCGCGCCUGAAGGGGAAAGAAAAGACCACUGUUGCAAGUUGUCGGGGAGCGACACCAUGUUCGAUUGUAUGGAUGUUCUAGCCGUGAGUCCGGGACAAAUGCUGGAUUUUUACACUUCGAGUCCCUCUUCAUGCAUGCUACAGGAGAAGGCGCUGAAAGCAUGCUUCGGCGGACUCGCACAUAAAGACUGGCAGCAUCGGCGCAGCGCACACUCCAUCGAGACCCAGAGCAGCAGUUCGGAGGAGCUGGUGCCCAGCCCUCCAUCACCGCUGCCCCCGCCGCGCGUCUACAAGCCCUGCUUCGUGUGCCAGGACAAGUCGUCGGGGUACCACUACGGUGUCAGUGCCUGCGAGGGCUGCAAGGGGUUCUUCCGCAGGAGUAUCCAGAAGAACAUGGUUUAUACGUGUCACCGAGACAAGAACUGCAUCAUCAACAAGGUUACGAGGAACCGUUGCCAGUACUGCAGACUACAGAAGUGCUUUGCCGUUGGAAUGUCCAAGGAGUCGGUACGCAAUGAUCGCAACAAGAAGAAAAAGGAGAAUCCGAAGCCAGAGCUGGCAGAGAGCUACGAGCUCACGGCGGAGCUGGAGACCAUCAUCGAGAAAAUCCGACGAGCCCACCAGGAGACGUUCCCCUCCCUCUGCCAGCUGGGCAAGUACACCACGAACUCCAGUGCUGAUCACCGUGUGCGUCUGGAUCUGGGUCUAUGGGAUAAGUUCAGUGAACUGGCCACCAAGUGCAUUAUCAAAAUCGUGGAGUUUGCCAAACGAGUGCCUGGCUUCACUGGACUUACCAUCGCUGACCAGAUCACUCUACUCAAAGCUGCCUGCCUGGACAUACUGAUCCUACGCAUCUGUACGCGUUAUACUCCAGACCAGGACACCAUGACCUUCUCGGACGGGCUGACCCUGAAUCGCACACAGAUGCACAACGCUGGCUUUGGGCCGCUCACAGACCUGGUGUUCACCUUCGCCAACCAACUCCUGCCCAUUGAGAUGGACGACACAGAGACAGGCCUGCUCUCUGCCAUCUGCCUCAUCUCCGGAGACCGCCAGGACCUGGAAGAGCCCUCAAAGGUGGACCAGCUGCAGGAGCCCCUGCUCGAGGCGCUGAAGAUCUAUGUGAGGAAGCGCAGGCCCAGCAAGCCCCACAUGUUCCCUAAGACCCUCAUGAAGAUCACGGACCUCCGCAGCAUCAGUGCCAAAGGAGCAGAGCGUGUCAUCUCUCUGAAGAUGGAGAUCCCCGGCUCCAUGCCACCCCUCAUCCAGGAGAUGCUUGAGAACUCCGAGGGCCAGGACGGACAGAGUUCGGCAGAGGGGAACAGUCCAGACAAAACCCACAGCUCCGCCGAUGACAAAGCCCCCGCCUCAGCCACAGCUGGUGCCCCCUCGCCCUCCCCAGAGCCCACGGACGGCUCGGCGGCCGGCUCUUCCUCGGGCGAGGAGGCCUAGAAGCAGAGCACCUAGAACCUCAGAUCUAGAGCUUGGCCUCAGACCCUCCUUUGCACAGUACAGGUGGAUCGUCAGCGCCUCUCUCUCUGGUUCAGAUGAUAUUUUGGGUUUUUUCUUUUGUUCCACCUAUCUUCAUUUACAAUGAAAAAAAAUCACGGCCGCAAGGACCGACACUUCGUGUAAAAAGACGAAAGAGAAAAAAUUGAGCCCUUACUGGCACUGCUGGACUCGCCCACACAUAGCCUGCAGCACAUGAGUGUGUGUGUGUGUGUGUGCGCACGUGUGUGUGUGUGUCCUGGAAACCCACCUGUAACAAAGAGGUGAAACUCCUCAGGUCUCCUGUGUAUAUAUCAACCUGCAUGACAGGCUCGGAGUUUGAUUAAGUGGUUUCUGCGCUCUCUCUCCCUUUCUUCCUUUCUCUCAACCCCUUCUCUCUCUCUGUUCUCUCUCUCUUUGCCGUUCAAUGGCGUACAUUGUACAUAUCAUCAUACGAUUAGACCUCCGUAUAAAUUUUGUGGUGCUUUUUUCAUUGUCUUAAAUACUGUCACUUGAGGCGACUAUGUUUAAAGAAGCGCGGAGGAAUUCUGUACACCAGGGCGAGAAUGUUACUUCGUUGGCGACUGCAUUUUACACGUCAGUGCACAACUUUCGGGGACCCUAUUCUGCCCUAUUCAGUCUGGCUGCUUUCCCUCUAGUGGAAAGAAAGUCCUCAUGCGCAUCUUUAAAAAUGGGAAGUGGGGGGCGUUCAUAAUAAGAGUCCUUUAAAAUAUAGAAUGUUCUUGCAUAUAGACAAUACGGUCUAAUCUUUUAUAUAUUGUUCAUAUUUAAUGCGGUUCUGUUUCUUGCAUUUUUAAAGGAAGCUCUACGUGUAGGUGUCUAGAUGAGGAAGGUCUACACAAACACACCUUGAUUGUGUGGACUGUUUACCAUUUCCUUUCCCAGGUAACGUCGGGAGUCUAUAGGAACAGGCCAUAGACAACCAUUUACUGUUCAAACCUAAACAUGAAUACGAAAUUACAGAAAAUGGAUUCUGAAUGAUAAAACAAAGACUUUAACAUUUAGUAUACAUAGUCUCCUUGUGUUUGACUAAAAAUGCACUUACUUUAAAAAAAAAGAACAAGUACAUACAACUCCAUUGUCUACUUUAAAUGUGGGAAUGACCUUGAUCCAGUAAAUGUGUGCCUAUCGCCAAGCGCCACUGCGAUGACAGCAGCCGGAGCGCCCAAAACGCACAUCGAUUCUGGGUCAUGUGACCAGAAUCACAGUCAUGUGUAGGUGUCUUUUCUGUUAUUGUGGUUAUUGUUAUUUUGGCAGUAAACCUUGGGGCAAUACAGUCUACUCCAUCA